AUGAGCCCGAAUGUUUGUACUCCAAUCAUGGGUGUUUAUAUUUAUAAUAUCAUACCCGGUUACUUUGGCACAAUCACACCUACUAAGGCUGCUGAAUGCAUCUUGGAUAUUGUUCUUCGUAACAACGUAGAGGCCUCUAUACCGACGCGCUUACUGUUUUUAGGUCGCCUUUUGCGUUUAUUGCCAAGAAAUGCAAUAGUACAUAUUCGAGAUUUUUUAGACACCGGAGUUGAUUUUGCA